AUGAAUUUUCUAGGCAAGGUCACUUGGAAAAUGGUAUCAACUAUUAUUUUCUUGAUUGGCGCACCUGGCUCUGGAAAAGGCACGCUUGGCCGAAGACUUUGUGAACAGUAUGGCAUGUAUCAUUUCUCUGUUGGCGACUACAUGAGAGAUCUUCGCCGCUCCCCAGGUUCAUACGCAGAAGUCAUUCAGGAAGCCAUUCAAACCGCGACGCUUCUUCCCGGAAAUAUCAUUAUUCCCAUGUUGCAGCGGAAGCUGGAAAAGGAAGAGCGGGAAGGAGGGUAUCGUGUUAUUGUUAUUGAUGGGUUCCCAAGAGAAGUCGACCAGGCAGUAUCCUUCGAAGAGCAGAUCGGGAAGCCAGCCUUGGCUAUUUAUCUCAAUUGCCCAAAAGACGAAGCAAAACGAAGAUAUUUGAGCCGUAAUCUUCCUGGGAGAAUAGAGGACACUACAGAUAUGUUUGAAAAAAGAUACGCUGAGUAUGAUAAAAACAACACCCCCAUCCUCGAGCGCUAUCGUCAGACAGGUAUUCUCGAAGAAGUGGACUCAAGCACGGAGACACAGGAAUCUUACCAGACUCUUCUCGAUGUCCUGAGUCGAAACGCGGUCUGGAAUAGAAUGUUGGCAUAG